AUGUACUUCAUCAUGAAAAGAUCGUCAUUGAUCAAUUCGAGUAGUAGUAUUAGUCAUCUUUCAUCAACCACUUCAACUUCGGUAUCAAAGAUACAACAACAACAAGGUCAAAGAUUAUAUCAAUCAAACUCCUCUAUCUUUCAAAGACUAUCUUCAUCGCCAUCAUCAUUUAUUGUUGGUCACAGAUACCUAUCAACUCUUGUCCACAGUGUAACAGCAAAUCCCACUGUUGAUGUAAAAGUUGAAACACAAUCCACUUCUACGACUACUAUUGUGAAUGUUAAACGAAAGAUAUGGAUCGAUUCAAUUGAUAAUAUUCGAUUUGAUAUCAAGGUAUCCCUUUUUGGGUCACCAAAGAAAAGUCUUAUUGAGCAUAUUGAACAAAUUGCUCCAAAAGGUGUUAAACUCGAAACAAUAAGUGAUGGACAAACCAAGAAUGGUUGUUAUGUCAAUCUAGAGUUUGACCCAAACUCUACCUCUAUGCAAGAGAUUAUGGACAACAUUAAAAGUAAUGCAGUAAAGUACAACUUGGCUUUACAUUGUUUGGAGGCUCGUGGUAAAGAAUACUUGGAUAAUGAUAUAUUCUUUCGCUCUUUUAUUGUCAAUUUUGAUGGCGGCAAGGAAAUGUCAAUGGGUGAUUUGCAUUCAUUACUCUCGUCGUACGGCCCAAUCAAUCAAAUGAAAUUCACAUACAGCUUUUAUUAUAAAACUAGAAAUGGAGUAUUGGUAACAUUUGACAAGGCACUAUCAACAAUGAGAGCUAGAAAGUGUCUCUCUGGAUUGGUCAUACCAGAAAGUGAAACUACUUUAAAACUUAGAUCAAUCAUUAGUUUAACCACAUCUGAUAUAGUAGAACUUAUAAUAAUCUUGAUGAAAAUAAUAUUCUUUGUUUGUUUAACCAAUCUUAUCGUCGAUUCAGGUUUCUCAAUUCAGAAGUAUUUACGUGAGAGAAAAAGACUCGAAUCACCUGGCGAGAACUUUCAAUUUCCAUAUUUGGGAGAGGAUGGGAAAACAGUAAUCGAAGCAGUCUAUCCAUCUGGACAAAGACUGGUUGCAACAAUCGAGGGUGGUGAUCUCAAGAAUACUCAAUUACAACUCAAAAUCUCCAAUACCCAAGCUUCCACCCCAGCACCUCAAAUUAAAUCACUAAAUUAUUCAAACCAACCUCAAAUCAAUUUAGUACUAUGCCUCCACUAA